AUGAAAAACUAGGAAACAUACCAAUAUUCAAGUAAUUUUUUAAAAGUAAUAGAUAAUUAUUUCGUACUACAAUAUAAAUGUGCAAAACUUGAAAAGUGAACAAUCUAAUAUCGUUUACAUUGCGCUUGGACACGUAUUCUUUAAGGACAUUAAAAAAUGAUAAAGUUACGAAGAGCUUCAAUUCUGUAUAUAUUAAAGCAAUACUAUUUUUCAAAUUUUAUUAAAUAUCAUUCAAGACAAGCAAUUGCACGAAAUCUUGUAUAUCUGGAACAUAGAAGUUUAAUUCAACUUACAAACAAUGAUGUACUGCCUUUUUUGCAAGGCUUAACUACUAAUGAUAUGAGACAUUUUGAUGAAGGAGCUGUAAGCAUGUAUUCUAUUUUAUUAAAUACAAAAGGAAGAGUAUUAUUUGAUAUCAUUAUUUAUAAAGUACAAGAACAAGGAUUAUUUUAUAUUGAAUGUGAUUCAACCGUAUUAAUAAAUUUAAUAAAACAUUUGCAACUGUAUAAAUUAAGAAAAAAUGUAAACAUCAAAACUAUGGAAAAUAGUAUGAAGGUUUGGUCAGUUUAUGAUACAAAUAUAAUUUAUCAAAAUUAUUGUAAUUUACAAAAUAAUCAUAAUUUUGAAGGAAAACUUCUUCCCUGUGGAGUGAAUAAUUAUAAGUAUCAUAAAUUUAUAGAUAAUAUUCUGAUAUAUAAUGAUCCUAGAAUAUUUGAAUUAGGUUUUAGAAUAUUAACAGAAUCAAAUAUUACACAUACUGAGUUAAUUAAUUAUUUGGGACCAAAUAUCUCAAUAGUAAAAGAUAUUUCUGAUUACAGAUCUUUUAGAUAUAAAUUAGGUAUUGGUGAAGGUGUGCAAGAUCUUUUAUUUGGAGUUUCAUUUCCUUUGGAAAUAAAUUGUGAUUACUUACAUGGACUUAGCUUUCACAAGGGUUGUUAUAUUGGACAAGAACUCACUGCCCGCACACAUCACACCGGUGUUAUAAGAAAACGCCUUAUGCCAUUAAUAUUUAAUAAUAUCAAUGGUAAAAACUUUGAAUAUGAUGAAAAAAUAAUAAAUGACAAUGGAAAUAUAGUCGGAAAAAUAAGAGGGUAUGUGGGUACUGUUGGAUUAGGAUUAAUGAGAAUUGGAGAAACCAUAGCAUCUAAAACAUUAUUUGUUAAAGGUUGCACUUUGAAAAUUGUUAAGCCUCAAUGGUGGCCACAAGAAUCACCAAAAAUAGGAGCAUUGAAAAUUAACAAACAUUAGAUAUUUUUUUAUAUAAAUAUGCUGACAUUCAAUAUAUU